AUGGCAACGACAACUAUGAAAGCGCUGAACUAUCUCGGGCCUUACCAGGUUCGGGUUGAAGAUGUCGAGAAGCCGAAGAUGGAGCAUCCUGAUGACAUUAUUGUAAAGGUGACUACGGAGACUGACUGGGAUGCAGUAUGUACGAAAGGGAGAACAGCCGCUGAGCCCGGGAUUACGUUUGGUACUGCUUCUCGACUGGAAGACCCCAAAACUGUCAAAAGCGCUAACCCAGGCACAGGUCACGAGAACAUGGGAAUCGUGGAAGAAUUGGGUGAGGGAGUUACCUUGCUGAAAAAAGGAGAUCGUGUCGUCAUGCCCUUCAACGUCGCGGAUGGUCGGUGUCGCAACUGUGAGGAAGGGAGAACUGCAUUCUGCACCGGUGUCAAUCCUGGCUUUGCUGGUGGUGCCUACGGAUACGUCGCAAUGGGUCCCUACCGCGGAGGCCAGGCACAGUACAUUCGCGUCCCAUAUGCCGACUUCAACGCUCUUAAGUUGCCCCCUGGUAAGGAACAUGAAGCAGACUUCGUUCUUCUAGCCGGUGAGUUUGAUGCUCGUCUCUUCACGAUCCCUCGUACUAAUGCAGACUUGUUAGAUAUCUUCCCAACCGGCUGGCACGGUGUGGAAAUUUCCGGAUUCCAAGCAGGCGAAAGUAUUGCAGUAUUCGGCGCUGGUCCUGUCGGACUGAUGGCCGCAUACUCCGCUGCUCUACGAGGAGCGUCUAACAUUUACGUUGUUGAUCGCGUUCCCGAGCGUCUGGAAGCCGCUAAGAACAUCGGCGCUAUUCCCAUAGACUUCACCAAGGGAGACGCCGUCGAUCAGAUAAUCAGUCACAACGGGGAUAUGGUUGAUCGCUCGGUAGAUGCCGUUGGAUAUCAGGCUGUUGACUCCAAUGGUUCUGCGGAAAAGGCGAAUAUCGUUCUUGAGAACAUGAUUCGGGUGACUCGGGCUUGUGGUGGGAUGGGAAUUCCUGGAUUAUACGUUCCUAGUGACCCUGGUGCAGCUGACGCUGCCACUGCGAAUGGAAUGAUCAGUCUGAGCUUUGGAAAGUUGUUUGAAAAGGGUCUUUCCCUUGGUACUGGACAGUGCAAUGUCAAGGCCUAUAACCGAUACCUUCGAGACAUGAUUAUUGCCGGCAAAGCAAAGCCCAGCUUUGUAAUUUCGCAUGAGAUUGCUCUCGCAGAUGCUGAGACUGCUUAUGAGAAAUUCGACAAAAAGGGAGGAUGGGUACACAAAAGUGAUCAUUCAUCCAAAUGGUGGGUUUUGAUAAACUACCUGGAAGUCUGGAAGUAG